UGGAUAUGAUGGAAAAGAACGGUGUUGGGACCGAAGAAUUCGGUGGCGAUUCCUGGCUUCCCCAAACACGACAAGCUGGCUGCUCUGGGGGAUACCGGAUGCGUAACGGUGUCUGCUACAAGGCCUUCAACACGCGAAAGAACUUUCACGAUGCGUCUUUGACAUGUGUGGCUGAUGGAGGGACCCUCGCUAUGCCGAAGGAUGCUGGUACCAAUGGCUUCCUCCUCUUCCUGAAAAACGCUGUGCACAGGGCUGGCUGGUUCUGGUUCGGCUUGGUGGAUCAGCACCGGGAGGGAGGCUGGGAAUGGAUAGACGGGACACCCCUAGGCUUCAGGGCCUGGGGCCCAGGAGAACCCAACAACGCUGGCAACGAGGACUGCGCCGAGUACUUCCCUACAGCAUGGAACGAUGCGCCGUGUUCUAGGACUGACAGAAAAUUCAUCUGCCAGAAAAUCCCCGCAGGUUGUCCAGGUGGUUACAUUUACCAUCAACCCAGUCGCCAGUGCUACAAGGCCUUCAACGAGAAGACAACAUACAGCGGUGCUGUCGCCAAGUGUUCUGCAGACGGCGGAACCCUUGCCAUGCCCCGCGGCCCCAUCAUCAACAAGUUCCUCAUCUACCUGAAGAAUGCCGUCGACAAAACCGGUUGGUUCCGUUUCGGACUGACUGAUCACCACCAGGAGGGAGGCUGGAAGUGGGCCAAUAACAUUCCUCUGGGAGGCUUUAGGCCAUGGGCUCCAGGAGAACCCAACAACUUAGGGAACGAGGACUGUGCCGAGUACUUUCCCGGAAGCCACGCCGCCAAAAAGAACACAUGGAACGAUGGACCAUGUACCUUCCGUAACAGGAAGUUCAUCUGUCAAGUCUCGCCACGAAGACCCUCGGUGCUACGUCGAGUCUGUGAACACCAAACACUGACCACCAGUUGUCCUGCUGGACGACAGAUCAACAUCGUGUCUGCCCUGUACGGCCGGACCUCCCGAGCGGUUUGCCCCAGCAGCCAAAUCUACACCACCAACUGCCGAAGCCCCAACAGCCUGGUCUGGGUCAGGGGCAAAUGCCAGGGAAGGUCCAGCUGCUCUGUGAGGGCCUCCAACAGCGUGUUCGGGGAUCCUUGUCGUGGCACCGUCAAGUACCUGGAAGUGAGAUUUACUUGCAUCGCAUGUUCUGGAAAGAGGGAGAUGCCUGAUCCACAAGAGCCUGAGAUAGGAGAGGCUGAACCACAGGAGCCCGAAGCACAGGAGCCCGAGCCCGAACAACAGGAGCCUGAGAUAGGAGAGGCUGAACCACAGGAGCCCGAAGCACAGGAGCCCGAGCCCGAACAACAGGAGUCUGAGAUAGGAUCCGGAGAGCCUGACCCACAGGAGCCAGAGCCAGAAGAGCCUGACCCACAGGAGCCAGAGCCAGAAGAGCCUGACCCACAGGAGCCAGAGGUAGGAGAGGCAAACGAAGUCCGAGAGGAGGACAUGUUGGAGAAGGCUCUGGAGAUGCUGGAGAAUGAAGUCCGCAAUGAACAAGACAACUUGGAGUACGGCCUGGAAGAGUGACACCGACAUGACCUUCUGCUGUUCCAGCUCAACAGACGUGAACUGUGCAGCAGCAGCUGUGAUGAUGUCAUCUCCAAGCAGAUAUUGGGAGGAACAGUCAUAACUUUUCCUGACUGGCCCGGGAAAGCCAGGAGACGUUACAAUCUUCCUCCCAACAUCUGCUUGAGUUUUAAGAUUUAAUUUUUUUCAUAGAUACUAGUAAUUUUGAGCUACAACCAAAUAUCUACCCUAGCACAAUCUAUAACAUCUACUCUCAUAAUACUGCCACUAACCAUAACUGUGCCACCAAAUUAAAAAAAAAUGAAUUUGAAGUUAGAGAUCUCUUGCAGCAUUAGUAAUUUCUGAGCUAAUACAUUGUACACCUCAAAUAUCUAAGGUGUUAAAGAAAAAGGCCUCAGUAACCAUGCAUUGGAAGUUGAUGAAGACAAGAAUUGUGGUCCCUAAAUGUCAAGACAGGCUGAGAGCCAUGUAGAAGAACAUGUCACCACUGGCCACAAAUGAAAUAGAAAUUCUUAACAGUGCACAUCCGUUCCUUGGUGAUGUUUUGUAUCCUUUUACAGAUUUGUAUUUCAGGCACUCUCUACCAGUCAAGAAAAGAAAAAUAACCUCUGCAAGACAAGUCUCCUCUUGGGCCUUUAUGUGCAGAUCACACUCAUUCUUAGAACAUUUUGAAAGUGUCUCAAAUUGCAAACUUCUGUAAUUAGCAGGACGAGAGUUAAUCAGUAAACUAGAGAAGUAACAUUUGCAAGCAAAUGCAUAUAAUGUUUACCUUCGGACAUGGUCUGCUCUGUUAAUACUCAAACACACUCACAGACACGUACUACUACUAGUAUAUGGUGACAGGAGCAGAGCAGACCAUGAAAUUGCAACAUUAUGUAACCCAACACCAGUCACCAUGGUGACAGACAUCAACAAAUCAUGCCAUCGGUCAGGCCAUAGGUUACUGUUUGGA